AUGACAGAUAAAAGUUAUGCUAGAAGUAUUGAAUUACCUACAGAAAGUUUGUUUAGAAAUUUAAAAAAUGCUAAACAAUUUGCUAUUGAUAUUGGUGGAUCUCUUGCCAAACUAGCAUAUUGUUCUACUAUACAGAGAAGAACUUCUAUGGUUAUAAGUUAUGAAAUUUUUCAAUUUUGUUUUCAGACGUGCUCGGAUCAUGUAUAUAAUAUAUCAGAGACAGAAGAAAGUAUAUUACGUCUGCAUUUUAUCAAAUUUGAAACAAAGUAUAUAGAAUCAUGUCUAGACUUUAUUAAAAGUAAUUUGUUUGAAUUUGGUGGUCGCAGUGGUCUGUCGAAUGAAAAAUGUAUCAAAGCAACUGGUGGUGGAGCACAUAAAUAUAAAGAUUUAAUCACUAGUAAACUAGGAGUCCAAGUAGAUAAAGAAGAUGAAAUGGAAUGUUUGAUAACAGGAUGUAAUUUUUUAUUAAAUAAUAUUCCUGAUGAGGCCUUUAUAUAUCAGCGUCAUGGCAACCCUGAGUAUAGAUUUCAAGGUGUCAAUCAUGAUAUAUUCCCUUAUUUACUGGUCAAUAUUGGUUCUGGAGUCAGUUUAAUUAAGGUAGAAUCUGAAAGUAAAUAUGAUAGAAUUGGUGGAACAUCUACUGGUGGAGGUACGUUCUGGGGACUCGGUUCCUUACUUACUAAAGCCAAGAGUUUUGAUGAGUUGGUAGAACUAGCUGAGAAAGGUGAUCAUCGUUCAGUUGAUAUGUUAGUAAAAGAUAUUUAUGGUGGUGCAUAUGCUACUAUAGGACUACCUGGAGAUCUUAUUGCUAGUAGUUUUGCUAAGGCUGCUCGGUCACCUCGAGAUAGAAACAAUGAAGAUGUAGCUAAAAGUUUGUUAUUAUCUAUUAGUAAUGAUAUUGGACAAAUAGCCUAUCUACAAGCUAAAAUACAUGGAUUGAAAAAAAUCUAUUUUGGUGGUUAUUUUAUACGUGGACACCCCAUGACUAUGCACACCAUUACAUAUGCUAUUAAUUUCUGGUCAAAAGGUGAGAUUCAAGCCUUAUUUUUACGUCAUGAGGGAUAUUUAGGUGCAAUAGGAGCUUUUCUAAAAGGUGCUAAUGAAACUCAAGAUGAUGCUAGUUUUGUUUGGGGAGAACACUUUGCUGGAAGUUCUGGAUUAGCUAGUCCUAAGUGUUCAGGUUUCUUUGGUAAACCAAGAAGUUCAACUUUUGAUAUGCUGGAAUUGGACAGACUGGGCAAACCUUUACUACCAUGUCCUCUAUUACUGGAUGUCAAGGACUACUUCCCAGACACAGUGGAUUUGACUGUAGACACAGAUGCUAGGGAGUAUUGGUUACAAUGUUUUGCUAAUGGUAUUGAAAAGGUAUGUUCUCAAGCUAUCAAAAGUCAAUCAAAUCUUCCUGAUGUUAAACCAAGAGCUGAGAAAUUCAAAUCAAAAUACCUUGAUAGGCUGCAGGAGUUAAAAGAAAAUCCAUGUGCCUAUGGUUCUUUAACAGUAAGAAGUCUAUUAGAUACCUCCAGUCAGUAUUUAUCUGAACUCUAUUUUACUGAUCCCUACUCUCAGCAAAAGCAGUUUGAGAAUGAACAGGCAGUAAAGUUACUUAGCAGUCAUCUAUCAGAAUUAGAUAAACUUGAUUGGCAUCAACGCCAGUUAGAGUUAGUACAGGGUAUACUUGCAGGUAAUAUGUUUGAUUGGGGUGCUAAAGAAGUCUGCAAGCUGAUGGAAACUGGUGAAUUUGGUUUCAAAGAAGCAAGAUUACGUCUUCAAAGUAGACCCUGGUUAUUUGAUGAUUUUGAUCUGUGGUGUAAAAGAUUUUCUGUAAAACCUAAUCAUAAAUGUGCUGUAAUAUUCUGUGAUAACAGUGGAUGUGAUAUUAUACUAGGUAUAUUUCCUAUGGCUAGAGAACUACUGUCACAGGGAACAAAAGUUAUACUGUGUGUCAAUUCAAGACCAACAUUAAAUGAUGUAACAUAUAGUGAAUUAGUUAUACUAGUGAAAAAAGUAGCAGCUAUUAGUAGUCAAAUAAAUGAUGCUUUACUAUCAGAGAGAUUAUUGGUUAUGGAGAAUGGUCAAGGAUCACCAUGCUUAGAUUUAAGGUUGAUAGACUAUGACUUAGUAAAUACUAUGAAAAAAUUAGAAACAGACCUAGUAAUACUAGAGGGAAUGGGGAGAGCUGUUCAUACAAACUUCCAAGCACGGUUUUCUUGCGAUGUUUUAAAAAUAGCCGUCAUCAAAAAUAAAUGGUUAGCCAAUAGACUUGGAGGUGAUAUGUUUAACGUCAUGUUUAAAUUUGAAAAGGCGAGACAGAUUGCGUCGUCUGCAUCCAAUGAAAAGAGUUGA